UGGAUUUAAUUGGGCCGCCCUUUGAUACUGGGCCUAUUGGGUUUCUUAAUGAUCGGCUGAGAGAAUUUGAAACGGGCCGAACGGUCCAGCCCGGAGACCCGGAGGAGAGACACGUCAACGGCACGGAAUCAAUGGAAGAGCGGAGCUCUGGAAACCGACAGUUCUUCAAGAAUGACCAUUUCCCCAUCUAACAACCUCGCGAAGUAGUUCCGGAGAACCAUAGACGGCAAAUCCACGGCGGAGACGGCGGAGAAUAAGGAAAAAGCUGGCGAACGCGUAAUUCAAUCUGUAAAUCGAUCUCGAUAGAGAGACGGAGAGAGGGAGAGAGACGGAGAGAGCUUGUUGUUGUUGCUGGGCGCAUGGAGACCGCACAGCAGCCCAAUGGAGGAGCCCUAUCUGGAGAUGAUCUCUCAUCCCUGUCGUCGUCCCCCGCAGCCGUCGUCUCGCAGUGGACGUUCGCCGUCACGCGGCGGUACCAGCACAUGCUGGACAAGACGGUGCCGCACAUCUGGUACCGGUGGAUCGGAUGCUUUCUGGCCGCUCUAAUCUACGGAUUGCGCGUCUACUUCGUUCAGGGAUUCUACAUCGUCACCUACGGCCUCGGAAUCUACAUGCUCAACCUGUUGAUUGGAUUCCUCUCGCCGCAGAUUGACCCGGAGGUCAGCGACGGCCCCUCGCUCCCCACGCGCGGAUCCGAUGAGUUCCGUCCCUUCGUCCGUCGCCUCCCCGAGUUCAAGUUCUGGUACUCUAUUACCAAGGCUUUCUGCAUAGCGUUUCACAUGACAUUCUUCGCGGUGUUUGAUGUGCCUGUGUUCUGGCCGAUACUUCUAUUCUACUGGAUCAUGCUGUUUAUCCUCACAAUGAGAAGACAGAUUAUGCAUAUGGUCAAAUACAAAUAUGUUCCUUUCUCUUUCGGCAAGCAGCGAUAUGAUGGGAAGAAGACACCAUCAAGUGAUAACCUGACUAGGGAUUGAAUGCCUCGGGUAUAACUUCUCUAUACCAUACCCUAGAUGAAGCAGGAAACCUACUUCCUUCUGAAAUUUGAUUGACAAAUUACAACAAGCUCUGAGUUGUUUCAUGUGGAUCCUUUCCUUCUGCAGGUUGAGAAUCUAGAGAGGGUGGAAAAGCAGGGUUGUUCCUAGACAUUGAUCGAGGGGUCUAAUUUUGGUUCCCUGAUUUUAUUUUAACUUUCUGUUUCAUUUACGCAUUUUGUACUCGUUUAUAUCGCACCACUGUGAAUUUUUAUAUGUCUAUACUAGUUUAGAGAAGCAUAAAGUGAAUUCUCUAAGGCCAGAUUCAGCCUCCUUGUUGAUCCUAAUGUGAUUCAUUUACUCUUGUUGAUGAAAUUUAGGUGUAAAGAAUCUCUAGUAGUUGUAUGAUUUUCGGAUUGCUGGAUGUCUCUUUUCUGGCUAGUUGUUUCAAAGCUUGGUUGAAUUGAACUGAACUGAUGCAGCCGCAAACACUUUUUUCAUUUGGUUUGCGGAAACGAGUCCCAACCUUGCAUUUCCCUUACAUAAAAAA